CGGCUGAGCAUCCCCUGCAGCGAUGCUGCCGCUGGGCUGGCCCCAGCUGCCGCUCGGCGAGGAGGAGAGCGAUACCCGGCACCCCGAGCCCCCCAGUUUCCUCCGGACACGAUGGCUUUGACUACCUGGGCUCUCGGCCCCGCGCUGCGGCUCUGUGCCGCCGGCCCUGCCUGCUCCUGGGAGAUGCUGCACGUGGCUGGAGCAGGUGUGUGCGGCUGCUGCGGCGCCCUGCGUCCCCGCUACAAAAGACUUGUCGACAACAUCUUCCCUGAGGACCCAGAGGAUGGGCUGGUGAAGACCAACAUGGAGAAGCUGACGUUUUACGCUCUGUCUGCCCCGGAGAAGCUGGAUCGCAUCGGUGCCUACCUCUCCGAGCGGCUCAUCCGAGACGUGAGCCGGCACCGAUAUGGGUACGUGUGCAUUGCCAUGGAGGCCCUGGACCAGCUCCUCAUGGCCUGCCACUGCCAGAGCAUCAACCUCUUCGUGGAGAGCUUCCUGAAGAUGGUGGCAAAGCUGCUGGAGUCGGAGAAGCCCAACCUGCAGAUCCUGGGGACCAACUCG